ACAAAGGUGUGUCUCGCCCUGAAAUGAGCACCUGGGUUUUACCGGCUGCUAGAAACGUGAUCAUAUCGCUGCCUGGUCGGUAAAAAUCGAGCUCUGAUGCGGCACAUGAAAGUCCGUUCACAGAAGAAAAGCUUGGUCAGGCGGAGAAGACUGAACUGGAUGCUCAUCUGGAGAACCUUCUCAGCAAAGCAGAAUGCACUAAAUUGUGGACAGAAAAAAUAAUGAAGCAAACAGAAGUAUUAUUACAGCCAAAUCCAAAUGCCAGAAUAGAAGAAUUUGUCUACGAGAAGCUGGACCGCAAAGCACCAAGUCGCAUGAAUAACCCAGAGUUACUAGGCCAGUAUAUGAUUGAUGCUGGGAAUGAGUUUGGCCCAGGAACAGCCUAUGGAAAUGCACUCAUUAAAUGUGGAGAAACACAAAAGCGAAUUGGGGCGGCAGACAGAGAACUCAUUCAAACUUCUGCUAUAAACUUUCUCACUCCCCUAAGAAACUUUAUUGAAGGAGACUACAAAACUAUUACUAAAGAACGUAAACUGUUACAAAAUAAAAGACUGGAUUUGGAUGCUGCAAAAACCAGACUGAAGAAAGCAAAAGUUGCAGAAGCUCGAGCUGCACAACUAAACAUCUCUCAGCCUGAAGAGAAUAACAUUAUGGUAAAUGUCUCUUACAUGCUCAACUUGCUGCAUGUAAAAUGGCUAAAGAUAUGGGCUGAGGAAGUGACAAAAUCUGAACAGGAGGUGCGAAUUACUCAGAGUGAGUUUGACCGUCAAGCAGAGAUUACCAGACUGCUGCUGGAAGGCAUCAGCAGCACACAUGCACAUCAUCUCCGCUGUCUGAAUGACUUUGUGGAAGCUCAGAUGACCUAUUAUGCACAAUGUUACCAAUAUAUGUUGGAUCUCCAGAAACAACUUGGAAGCUUUCCAUCUACUUUCCUCUCUAACAACAAUCAGUCUUCCACAACUCCUGUGCAGAGCGUUUCUUCUCCCUCAGUCUUGGCCUCAGCCUCUGCUUCAUUGCCUUCAGUAAGCAAUUCAAUGGUUACUUCAGGCCUCAGUGAACUGAAGUCAUCAAGUGGCAGCAGAAAAGCAAGAGUUCUCUAUGAUUAUGAUGCUGCAAACAGCAGUGAAUUAUCUCUACUUGCAGAUGAGGUGAUAACAGUGUACAGUAUCCCUGGCAUGGAUUCAGACUGGCUGAUGGGUGAAAGGGGAAAUCAGAAAGGCAAAGUGCCUAUUACUUAUUUAGAACUGCUAAACUAAAUGGUUGGCUGGAAUAGAGACUGUCAAUUAUGGCAACACCAUAUUUAUAUACAAUUAACGUUAUGUAAGCAGGUUUAUGUGUCUUCCAUGUUAUUGUCUUGAGGGACAAAUACCAGCCAUUAAAAACUGGCUUUUCUGCCAGCAUGGUUGCACGGUCAAUACUCUAUUCAAACUUAAUGUGUUUAAAGCUUUUACUUCAUGUGCCAAGAACGUUUCCUACAGAUUUGUUUCUACUGAAGUUUUCACUAAUACAAGCUUCUACUUUUGAGUAAUCUAGAUUGAAAGCAGGAGGUACUUUCUUGUUUUCUACUGAAAUUUUUCAUUAAUGGCAAAGCUUUUCUUCACAUAAAAUAAACUUAUUGUGAACUGA